AGAGGGAAAAUGAAGAGAGUAAAGAAAACCUAAAAGCUAAAUCGGAUGACUCUGGAGAGGAGAAAAAUGCUGAUGAAGAGUCUCAGAAAAAUGGACAAAAAAAGAGAGGAAAUAAGCACAAGUGGGUGCCUCUUAUGAUUGAGGUAAAGUCUGAGGGUCCACGUGAGCGUUCUGCUUCCAGAAAUAACACACGGCAAAAUGACGGCCAUAGAAUUCCCCCGAACAACAGAAACGACUUGAGAGACUGGCACAGUGGAAAGUACGAUCAUGAGUUUAAGGAUGACCAUGAUGAGGUGUCUAGUGUGAAGAGCGAAGGUGCACCCUACAGAACCCCUCUCAGAGGACGCGGGCGUGGUAGAGGGCGAGGAAGAGGCAGAGGUUUUGACUACUAUGGCUAUAAAGGCUAUGAUGGCAAAGAUGAUGCCUGUGGUCAGAAGUUCAACAGCACAGUUACCUACUAUUACGACAACAUGAGCAGCACUGACCUUUAUACUGGGGACCAGGACAUGCUGAAGGACUACAUCAAGAGACAGAUUGAAUACUACUUUAGCAUUGACAACCUGGAGAGGGAUUUUUUCCUGCGCAGGAAGAUGGAUCAGGAAGGCUUCCUUCCCAUUGCGCUGAUCGCAGGUUUCCACCGCGUCCAAGCUCUCACUACAGACGUCAACCUUAUUCUUGAGGCCCUGAAGGGGAGUAAAGAAGUGGAGAUCAUAGAUAUGAAGAUUCGUAGAAUGGAGGACCCCGCAAAAUGGCCUCUAUCUGGGUUUGCUUUACCAGAUCAGUCUGCGACAGAUUUUACUCAGUUCAUCAACUGCGCAGAGUUUGUUCCCAGGAAUGUUGUGGACCACCAGACAGGUUCUCCAAGAGCAUCCACGCCUGUGCAGUCCAAGCCAGAAGGCGUCAGCAAUCUGAAGACCAUGCCAAAGGGCCUGUCAGCCAGUCUACCUGAUCUAGACUCUGAGUCAUGGAUUGAAGUUAAAAAGAGGCCUCGACCUUCGCCUGCUCGACCCAAGAAAGCAGAAGAGGCUCGUCCACCUGUACAGUCUGGCCCAGCAGGAGGUGAAGACCAGGAUGAACCAGAGGAGCUGGACUUCAUGUUUGAUGAGGAAAUGGAGCAGAUGGACGGUCGACGCAACACUUUUACUGACUGGUCAGAUGAGGAUUCGGACUGUGAAAUCGACGACAGAGACGUCAACAAGAUUCUAAUAGUUACUCAAACGCCACCUUACCUACGUAAACAUCCUGGAGGAGACCGCACAGGAAAUCACACUUCGCGUUCAAAACUGUCCAGCGAACUGGUCAAAACCAUUAACGAUGGCCUUUACUACUAUGAACAGGACCUGUGGGAUGAAGCAUAUGAACCAGAGUAUGCUACCAUCAAGCAAGAAGUUGAGAACUUCAAGAAGGUGCAUUUGAUCAGCAGAGAGCAGUUUGACUGCUUAACCCCGGAACCGCCUGUUGACCCCAACCAGGAGGUUCCUCCAGGACCACCACAACCCCAGCAGAUCCCCACAGAAGCCCUGGCCAACAAACUGUUUGGUGCUCCAGAACCGUCUGCUAUUGCACGCUCUCUUCCAACUACAGUGCCUGACUCACCUAACUACCGCAGUGCCCGCACACCGCGAACACCUCGUACCCCGCGGCUAAAGGACCCCACGCAGACACCCCGUUUCUACCCUGUGGUAAAAGAAGGACGACCACUGGAUGCCAAAACCCCCCGCAAAAGAAAGACACGACACAGCUCCAAUCCACCUAUGGAGUGCCACGUUGGUUGGGUAAUGGACUCGAGAGAGCAUCGCUCACGAACGGCAUCCGUCAGUUCAAAUGCGAGUCCAUCAGAAAGCACCACAGCAGUGGGCAAUUAUGGCUGCACACCGCAGUCUCUGCCCAAAUUCCAGCACCCCUCUCAUGAGUUGCUCAAGGAGAACGGAUUCACGCAACAUGUUUACCAUAAGUACCGAAGGCGUUCCCUCAAUGAGCGAAAGCGGCUGGGGAUUGGCCAGUCUCAGGAAAUGAACACAUUGUUUCGCUUUUGGUCGUUCUUCUUGAGAGAUCACUUCAAUAGAAAGAUGUACGAGGAAUUCAGACAGCUGGUGGUGGAGGAUGGAAAAGAAGGAUACAGGUACGGUCUGGAGUGCCUCUUCCGGUUUUAUAGCUAUGGAUUGGAGAGAAAGUUCAGGCCGGACAUAUUUAAAGACUUUCAAGAGGAGACCAUUAAGGACUAUGAAGCGGGCCAGCUAUAUGGACUUGAAAAGUUUUGGGCGUUUCUUAAAUACUCAAAAAUAAAGAACAUGGAAAUUGACCCCAAGCUUCAGGAACAUUUAAGCAAGUUUAAACGCUUGGAGGACUUCAGAGUGGAUCCCCCUAUGGAGGAAGGAGGGCGAAAGAGACAUCCUUCCAGUGGCGAUGGACGGCGCCGUCAUCCAUCCCAGCAAUCCAGCCGAUCCCAAACACAGCUUGGUUCAGGUCCCGCCCAGCCUGUCGGAGGCCCUUCCGCUAAAGAUGAUGCCAAAAACACAAGUUACCGAGCGCCUGCGCAAGACACAAAGCCUCCAAAGUGAACGGUCACCUGUCCUUGAGCUUAUCUGCGGUUAAAACUUGACCGCACAAGCAUGCAACAACUUGCCAACAAAUAGCUCAUGAUUGUCACAUCACGGCUCUUCCACCAUCACCUCAUUCACAUCUGAUAGCAUUUCUAAAUCAGAGAAAGACCAGAGGGCAUGAGAAUUUCUUCCAUUCUUUGUUUUAUUCAAGACCUUAAAUAGUUUUAUUCCUAUUGUGUCAUGUUGGGGUAGAAUAAGGCUUUUGUUUGAUCUUUAUGGAAACUACUCUGCAGUGGUCCUUUAUAUAUUCAACAGAAUCACCAUUUUAUUUGUCUGAAUGAUGUGCGAUUCCACCCUGACCUUCAUUUUUAUUUUUUCCUGGAGCGUAAAGGUUGUGUUAUAUGAAGUGGUUUCUCUUAACUAGAAUAGGUACUAGAUGAGACAAACUGAUUAAAAACAAAGCAAUGAUGCAAAAACUCCGUGAUCUGCAGAUGAUUUUGUCAUGCUUUUUUGGGGUCCUUGCUACAUUUUCUUGCCAAUAAACCCUCAGGGGUCAUGAUGUAAUGUUGACUGUGACAUCAACAUCUGACCAUACACUGACUUGCCCCGCUUGGACACCUUCUCUUCCACGUUUCGCCGUCUGUUACAGGAGAGGCGGAUGUUUAGCGUCCAGCCUCCUCAUGGACACUGGUUUCCUCACUCGUCAUCACGAUUUUAAGCGCUGUGAGGUUAGGGGUUUUCUUUGCGCAUGUGCUGCUUGGAUUUUGGAGGUGUCUGCAGUAACGUUCGUAUCUUCAUAUGAACUCGCUGAGAAACGAAAAUAAACCAUUGCUCAUUGUGAAUGGAAGAAAGCUGCUUUUAGUGGGUGGCUUGUUCUGUUUACAUCACCGUCACACAGUGUUCUGUGUCCCCAGCUGAAUGGGAGUCAUUUUCAGUACAGUUCAAGUGUUAAUCCUAGUGUAAAUAUAAAUUCAUGAAAUUAUGUGACAUUUACACCACCUGGUCGUAACGUGUUGUUUUAUUGUUUAUAGAGCAGAUGGAUAUAUGCCUUACAUGUUCACCUUUUUAUGCUCAUCGAUGAAAACUUUUAGUCUUUUAAUGUGUUUUGUUUUUGACUGUAUUCUAGCUUGGCUGUUAAUAUGGGUAUGUUUUAGUAUCAUAUCUUACGUUUCUUUACAGCGGUGUAGACAUCCAAAACAGUAUGAUGGUCUGAAAAAAGGGAAACUGACCUCAGGUUAUCAACUGGAAUCGCGUGAAGAAAGACAAACUUUUUGUUGAUCGUACAUGACACGAGUGAUGCGCUUGUGUAGCCUUUGAAAUCGCUGCCAACCGGAUUUGGACCAUAAGCAAUAUUCCAAUCACUGAUCUAAUUUAUGGAGUUUAACAUUAAAUUUAGUUUGCAUAUCAAA